GUUUUUAUGACCAAUAUAUAUCGAAUAUUUCAUCAUUAAAUGCUUAUAGUUUUCAUAAGUGACAUAUUUCAUCAUUAAACCAAAAGUAUUAAUUUUUUUUAUAAUCCCAUAUUUCAACACCCCUAGCCUUUUGUAAGGGUUGCACAUCUUGGGGCACCAUCAGAAACAUCUUAAAAAAAUGGGGAAGGAGGUAGCACAAAGCUGUUUAGACAGUUUACUGAUAGAAAUGGUGUCUUCUUAUUGCGAUCGUUUUUACGCCAACAAGCCUGAACUUGCCGCUCGUCGUAUCGAAACCAUUGGUUACCAGGUCGGCCACCAACUAUCUGAGAGGUAUACCAUGGAGAGACCACGUUUUAGUGACCAUCUGGAAGCAAUAAAAUUUAUAUGUAAGGAUUUUUGGUCUGAAAUCUUCAAGAAACAGAUAGACAACCUGAAGACAAAUCACAGAGGCACUUUUGUGCUGCAAGAUAAUCGAUUCCGUUGGCUUGAACACAUUUCCAUUGAUUCAUCACCUGAUAGUUCUAAUGUGUCUCAAGAUGCUCCUGAGAACUUGGUGGAGAAUAAGGCUGCACAGGCAGCAAGCAUGCACCUAUAUUUUCCCUGUGGAAUCAUAAGGGGAGCACUUACAAACUUGGGACUACCUUGUGCUGUUUCCGCAGAUAUAUCUCACCUUCCUGUUUGUUCGUUUGUAGUUCGGAUGAAGGUCUAGUAUGAAGUCUUCAGUUUGUGUCAAAUAUUAUGUUUCAAGAUUCAUGGUUAUGCAAGUAAGACACUUGUCUUGGUUCUUUCUAUUUGUGUGAAAUUUUGGAACUUAUGGAGGACGCCUUGUGCUCCUGUUACUUAUUGCUUCUACUUGGAGGAGCCCUUGAAGCUUCAGAAGAUUCAGUUUUGCACAGAAGCAGCAUAAAGUAUGUGCUAUUGCUAAACUGCUUCCUUAGUUCAUUUGAUUUUGAAAUGCUACAUAUUAGAAAUUUAUUCUCUAAAGUCUCUAGGAUGUAGAUGUAGUAUAACGAAGAAUGUAUGUUUAGCUUACCAACUUUAUUAAGUUAUGAGAUGCUGACAUUAAAAGAAACUAUAAUUUCAAUGGUGAAUGAUAUAAUUGUUUUCUACUGUCUGAUCUUCAUUUUGCUGCAUCAGUUGAAUUUGUCUGAUUAUUUUUAUCAUAGUAACUAUGGUCAUUUUAGAGAAAUGACUUUGUGGUGAUUCUCAAUUGAUAACUGUGGAAAUUUUGUUUAGGAAUUGGCCUCUUUUCUUCCAAAAAUUUGCUUCCAUGUCCUUCUAAAUAGUUCAAUUUCGGAAAAUAUGGACAAUCUUUAGCUGUCUUUGAGGAUAAUGUGGGGAUAUUUAUCGGUCAAUUGUCAGGCAUUGUAUAGUUAUGGCCAAAUUUGUUUAUAUAAUGAGUGGUUGUGAAAUUGUAAUGUAUUAUUGCACAUACGCCUAAAGAAAGAAGACGUGAAGAUCAUUAUGGAUACAAGGUUGUGAAACGAGGCUUAUUCAAGAUUCUAAUUAUGAUGGGGUUAUUGAAUUAUUGUAGCCGCCCUAUAUGCAUAGGUUGAGUGUUGAAUAUUCUUACCUUAUGUGUUGUAUACUUGUGUUGUGUCAUGAAUGGCUAGGAAGGGGUAAUAUAGGAAUUAGUUAUAAAUAAUACUUGGUAAUUAGUUAAGUUGGGGGAAAUAAAAUAUAGAGAUAAUUAGUAUAAAUAGAGGGGAAGGAAAGGAAAUUAGAAAUUCAUACAAGUAAUAGUUUUAAGUGGAGUUUUAUACUCAUUGGGAGAGAACAAGCCUCUCGAAUGCUUGUAUACUAUCUUUUGUAAUCGUUUUUUGUUUUCAUUCAAUCUUUCCAUAUACAUUUACAUUUUCAUACAAUUCAUUACAUUUAUAUAUAUUUCUCUUUUGUCAUUAGUAAAAUCAGUUCUAUGGCUAAGUCAGUCCAUGACAUAUUGCCGUGUAAAGCUAGCACUUUUCUUUAAUAGAGCAUCAAACUUUACUUUUUAAGAAUUUUAGCAUUUUUUUUGUUUUAAUGCGGCCAUGAUACAGACCAUGCCCUUUAAAGUUUGAGUCUUAACUCUUAAAGGUGUCUAACUGAUGAAAAAAAAGGUCUGAGUUUGGGUUAGACCCGAAUCCAACCCUAAGGGUUCGGGUCUAGUUUUCUAAACCCUAAAGACUAGGGUUUGGGUAAAAGUUUGACUAGACUGGAACCUUAAAAUGCGCAUUCUUAGUGAGCGGUAAGAAAACAUUAAAACAAUUGUGGCGACAAGUGUGUGUUUUGUUGAUUACUUUUCAAGUGACCUACACAAUGGUUGUUUCACAUAAGAAUUGCUACAGAUCUAUCAAGGGCAAGAGGAGUUGAUAUUGUGCUUGCUCGAGACAUACAUCGAACUUCAUAAUACAAUUUUAUUUGAAAUUGACAUAAUUUGUUAACAAAUACAAGGUUACAAAGACACAUGAAAUAUCGAAUAUCAUGUAAAAAUAACAAAUUAAAUAUGUCGAAGUUUCUAUCACAAAACGGGUCGGGAGACAUUGUUGAGCCUAUUGAAGAUCAAAUGGCUGAGCACAAGUUACUUGGCAAAUGAUGAUUUAUGAUACUCUUGACAAUCCUCCAUUGGACGCAAACACUAUUGAUGAAAUACAAGAGUCGCAAGAUUUUGAAGAGAAAGAAAAAUAUCAGCUUGUGUGAAGGAUCAAACACAAAAUUUUUAUUUAAGAUUAUUUGAUCGUAAAAUAAUUUUAAAUUGAGUUAAAUAUCGGGUUAAGAUGGUUUUUGAAUAGUACAUUUUGGAAGAGUAUUAUGUUAUACUUUUAUGUUUUUUCAUUUGAGCUAUCAUAUAAGAAUCCAAUAUGUAGAAUUGAGUUUCGCUUUAGUGGCAGUAAAUAUCAUAUUCUUAAUGAAAUACGUAAAUUAAAUUUUCAUUGACCUCAUUUUUCAACUAUCCAAAAAAAUUAAAUCUCAAAUCCAACUUAAACUUAUCAGGUUAUGUCUAACUCCUUCCCUCACCACUCAGGCACUCACCCUCAUGCACAUGGUUUUUCAUUAUUCUUAUCUAUUUACACAAAAAAAUAUGUAUAGAAUAACUUUUCUUAUAUCAAGAAAGGACAAAUAGGUGAAAACUGAGUUAAAUUUAAGCUUUACUUAAAAUAACUCGAAAUGACCAUAAACAUGAAACAUUACUCUUGAAAUUCUCAACCCUAAUAAUUCUACUUAAAUCUUAACAUAUUUUAUUAGCAUUUCAUUACCUAACGUCAUUAAGUGGCAUUUACCAUCUACUUAUUGAUCAACCAAAUGUUUAAUCAUUCAAGUG